GCUUGAUGAACUCGUAGAAUGCUUGACGUGCAAACGAUGAAUUCAUCUGAAAGCGUCCCGGAUUACUUAAAUAAAAAUAUAUUCCCGACUUUAUUAAAUGCAAUGGAGGAAAUGUUACUUGAAGCUGAUCGUCGGAAUGCGUUAGAAACACAUAAAUGCUCCUUUAAUGGAUUGGAUUAUCUUGCCGAGAUUCUUUGGAAUCGAAACUCGCGACAUCCGAGUAGAUUGUACACUUGGCAAGGCGUAUUUAACAUACCACAAUUCAAGCUAUUGCUAAAGUUGCAUCCCAGGCCAAUUUAUCCAAAAUCGUGGUUAUGGACUAAAGAGGAGGCCGCCUUACAUAUACAGAGAUAUAUUCGUGGUUGGCUUGUUAGAAAAAAAACGGAUAUUCAGGAGAUGCGUCAGUUUUGGAAGGUAUUGGUAUAAUUAAGGAAUUGAA